CUAGGUAUAACCAAGGAAACGACAGUGAGGGUGACAACAAUGAUGACAAACAUGGUGGGGAGAACAGCACCAACCGUUGGAUUUGAUUUUAUAACGGUAGCGCUGAUCACAGCUCUGUCCUCAUAAUCCAUGGGAUUUUGACUUAAACAUGUGAAUGUUCCUUGAUCGGAUAUUUCAAUCGAAGUGAUAUUUGAAAUCAUGUCAUCUGACAUAAAGAAUCUGCCUUGCGUAGAGUAUCACCAUAUAUCACUGUGCCGUUGGCGUUCAGCCGAGUCAUGUUUGGGACGGAUACACCAGUUGCCGUGCACGAAAAAGUUGGUGUCUGACCGACUGUCAAGGUUAGACGAUUCUCACCAAUCAUGGCUUUUGGAGGACUGCAAGAGAAGUCAUGUAUGUCCAAGUCAGUAACCACUACGUCAGAGUACCGCGAUGGACCUUGACAUCGAGGGAGAGCAGACGGGGGAUUAUUGAGAAGCCAGUCGCGUAGACCCGUCAACCGGCAGGCACACUGAAGAGGGUUGCCUUCAAGCUCAAGUGUGGAGAGCGUCACCGGGAACUACUUUGAUUUGAUUGAAACUCAGGUCCAGCAUUACCACGCUGUCACAAUGACCAAUAUGCAGGUGAUAUCAUGGACUGAAUUGUGAGCAAGAACGAAUUUCUGUAAAUGGUUGAGAAAGCUGCAAUUUGUGCUAUCAAAAACAUUCAGUUCAUUUUGGGAGACAUCCAUGGUGUUUAGUCGGGGCAUCUGUCGAAACAUCCCCGAGUGGACGUAAAUCAGUCGAUUCCCAGUGAGAUGCAGACGUUCCAGCGAGUUCAGACCGAUAAAGUAAUCGGGAUGUAAGAAUGAGAGUUGGUUGUUAGUGAUGGAAAGUUCCACGAAUUCAGCUUGGCUGAGAAAUAUUCCACCUACAUGUAGCAGUGACGUCAGGAAGUUGCCAUCGAGAUACAGAGACCGUAGCAUGGUGAGAUGACUCAAAGCGGUCGAAGAGACGAACAAGAGUCGAUUGCUUGCAAGAUGGAGCUCCUUUAGAUUGACAAAUCCUUUCAGGAUUUUCGAGAACGGGUUGGCCGGGAUGUUGUCACCAGCAUGUAAAAUCGGUCGAUGGGGUAACCCCUCUAGCCCACUUGACUUACCUCGUUGUGAUCCAAAUAAGGUCUAAUUAUAAAUCCCGGUCGAUGUUGGGGCAGUGUUAACAUUUGUUAUCCGGUUGAAUUAUGAAACGCAAGAAAUUUUAUUUAAUGAAUGGGGAUGAGCAAUAUGACGUCUUGCACAAAACCACAAGUUGACGCUGUUAAACUUUUAGGGCAAACUUGUCACUGGGUCAUAAAAAUACAUCUAUUUCAUAUACGUGUACAUGUCAUGUAUAUUUCCGUUUGCACAAUGACCCGAAAAAAAAACCGGUGGUAGAAUACUGACUUCGGGCUUAGAUUCAAGUCGAGGGGAAAUUUCGUCAAUCGCAAUAGUAUUGUGUUGGAUUUGUACAUUAAUACGCGGUGCAGUAUGUGUCAAUAAGGAAGCAUUUUGGCUUUACACUCCAAGCUCACAGAAUAAUCGUGCGUCCAUGACCUCAAGCAUGCUAUUCUUGGAAGAUAUACAAGGCUCUGCGCUCCGGUGAACGCAUUCAAAAGACAAACGAAAUUUAACAUUUCAAUGCUUGGGAAAAAGCACAUGUAGCUCAUUUCCGUUUGAUAUUGCAAUAAGUACGGACGCUAUGAGAUGACACGGUUUUGAAUUCUUGGGUUUUACGGGCGGGAUUUACGUUGCAUGCUUCAUUUUACGCGAUUUAUUGAUAUGAACGGUGCUGUUUUCGCAGUGCACAGACGUGUAAGCUGCUGUUAGAUGUAAAGUAGGAACCUGCCCUCUUUUGUAUUAAAUUUGACAAACGGAUCUCUGUAACAAUCGAACACCUCUUGGCUGAAGAGUUCAGGAUCGCUGUACUUUAAAGUUCCACUUCUCUUCGGGUCGACAUUUGCAACCAGACACAAAUCUUGUCUGAGUGGUCAGAGAGAGAGAAAGAGAGAGAGAGAGAGAGAGAGAGAGCAGUGAAAAAGAUGGCGAUGGCUUUGUUUACGUUCCUGUUGUGUAUUGGAGCGUCCAUUAGAAUCGCUCAGUCAUCACCCUGCCAUGCGCAAUGCACAUAUGACCGGGUAACUGGUAAGGCUGACUGCUCCUCCCGCAAUCUGGACUGCAUCCCCGUCAACUACCCAGACUCCCUCGUCAUGGAUCUUAGCCAUAACAACAUAACGAUACUGGAACCAGCCGAUUUCAACAGGACAUUCACAAGAUUGGUUGAACUCUACCUUGACUACAACAAUAUAUCCGAUGUGACGCCACUUAUGACGUCAACUGAGAUGGAAAGCCUAAAGAAACUGUCGGUUCAACAUAACGCCAUUGUGCAAUUGGGCUAUUCAUGUAGGCUCGAGUCUCUUGAAGAUUUAUCGCUGGACAACAACCUGAUCAAUAGUUUAUACGACUUUCCAUAUUGUCAACGUUUGAGGCGCUUUUCUGCUGAUUCAAAUGAACUGCAAACCUUUCGAGUUGGCACAUUUGGGUCCUCUGUUUUCCCUUCAUAUGUUAGCUUGCGGUUCAACCGAAUAACGUAUAUUUCCGUUUACAUUUAUCGAUUUGUUUCAUCUGGAAAUCGGACCCUUUUACUAGAUCACAAUAAAAUAUCCCAACUUUACAUAUUUCGAGAUGUACAAAUAGGCCUACUCUCUCUGAGUCAUAACAGAGUCCGAUAUUUAGAAGCCCGAACUCCUGGUGAGCUGAUCCUAGCCAGCAAUGGCUUACAUGAACUGGAUAACGGAUUCCGUUUGUUUGAACGUGAAAAUAGCUUGAUGGAGAAACUUGACAUUAGGAACAACUCGUUCGAUUCCCUGAUACAACCAGACUGGGCAGAAGGUCUUGAGAUUUUACAUGCAGAUGACAACCUGUUGGCCAACUUGUCCUCUACAACUCUACAAGGAUUUGUCAACCUGACGGAGCUCCAUUUAGCAAACAAUCGACUGUUGUUCAUCUCUCCGUCAGCUCUGAGUCAGCUCACUAUGCUGCAGUCUCUGUAUCUCGAUGACAACGCCCUGACGUCUUUGCUCGGUGGAAUAUUUCUCAGUCAAGCUGAAUUAGUGGAGCUAUCCAUCACCAACAACCAAAUCUCCGUCUUACAUCCCGAUUACUUCACCGGUCUGGAUUCACUUGAACGUCUGCAUCUCGCUGGGAAUCGACUGCUUUACGUCCACUCGGUGAUGUUUCGACACAUGCCUAGACUUACCACCAUAGACUUUUCUCAAAAUGAACUGGAACGUUUUGAUAUCACCAACUGUAACCUUUUCAGUGAUUUAGAGAACGUCUCUUUAACUGAAAAUUCCCUGGCUGACAUCAGUUCUAUACUGGGCCAUUGCGAAAGCUUGAUAAUACUCGAUAUUCGUUUAAAUCAGAUCGAAGUGGUUCCUGGUGACUCUCUUACUGGCAAAAACAGAGCGCUCUCCAGACUUGAGCUUGAAGGCAACCCUCUUCAGUGUGACUGCCGAUUGACGGGUCUACGCGACUGGCUUCUCAAUAACCCCCCGUCUGUUUUCCCUCGAUGUCAAGGUCCACCGCGGUACUCUGGAGCAGUGAUUACAAACUUGGGCGUACAUGACUUCUCCUGCAGUCCUCCAAAGGUCAUGAUUAAAGAGAACCAACUCAACGUCAGGGUCGGCCGGACAGCGACUUUAUUAUGCACGGCGAGUGGCAUACCCGCCCCUAACAUAACAUGGCUUGAUCCGAACGACAUGGUGAUAUCAGACGAAGGACAUGGACGAUUUGUCAUUUCCUCAGACAUGACCUUGCUUAUUAUUUCGGUUCAGAUAUCCGAUCAAGGGGUAUACACGUGUAUGGCUCGAAAUACCCUGGGUAAAAUGGACCGAGCGGUGAUCAGCCUUACUGUUAUCCAGGACCUGGAGUCUUCAACCUCUUUAGCUGCUUCCGUUCUCCCCACCAUGUUUCUCACCCUUAUUGUUACGUUCAUUGUUGCCGUCCUGGUCAUUUUCCUCAGACGGCGCUACAGAAAGGGAGACCAGACCAAUUUGACCGCUUCUGGGCCGCCUCAUCCAGAACCCACUGUCAGCUUCCACCAUAGAAAGGCCUCUCACUCAGACGGAGGCUACGUCAAUAAAGUCAAUGAUGACCAGUGCGAGUCUGCAACCAACAGGCCAGGUGGAGAAGAAGUUUAUGAAGUCCCCGUUCGGAACACCGACCCCCCUCAAGUCUACCAGGAACUUGCACAGCAGAACAAAGAUGAAGAAUAUGAACCAGUCUGUUAGUGGUGGUCAGUAAUAAGCACCAUGCACCUCUGAGACGCACGAGGAAAUUAAAGACUUAACAUAUAGAAUUCUGAUGAGCAUUGUGUGAUGACGUUUGCAUGACGCACUGAAUUUCUUCUCGAUGCACAUCUUGCGUUUCAGUUUCUUUAAUACAUGUACGUUGGUCCGGGAAAUUGCGUCACCAUUGUUGAUAGGGCUAAUUAAUUAUUAUUUAGAUUUACGUGAAAAUUAAGCACGCAUCUUUUGCCUAUAAAUCACGGUGGAUUUUGUAUACAAUAGAAAGCACUGUUUGAUCACUAAUGGCUUUCAGGUUCUCCGUAGUUAUGACGGCUACGGCUAAACAAAAUAUCACGCGAGUACUGGCAACAAUAACGACACAG